AUGGAGACAUACAAAUGCUUGCUCUUCCUACUGCAACUCAUUUUUGCUCUAAAUCGCGUGGAAUCUGAAAAACCAGCGUGCAGUAGCAAGAUCUUCUGUCGGGGUGACCUUCUACGAAAAGUUCAAAUGGCUCGCAUUUUCAACGAUUCUAAAACAUUCGUUGACAUGCGAUUGCAGAAAGAUGAGGAAGCUGUGUUGCAAUCUUUCAAAGCUCUUCCUUCGAACCUCACAAGAGAGCAAGUGAUCAAAUUUGUUUCGGAAAAUUUUCAUCCCGUAGGACAUGAUCUGGAGGAAUGGUCCCCGCCAGACUGGGUGGAAUAUCCCAUGUUAAUCGAUCAAAUAAAAGACGCUAAUCUGAGGAAUUUCGCCUUAAUGCUUAAUGGACUGUGGAAGAAACUCGGAAGAAAUAUCAGCCAUGAAGCAAGAAAAGAUCCGGCACGAUCAUCUCUUAUUGUGGUUCCGAAUCCAUUUAUAGUCCCGGGAGGAAGGUUUCGGGAGUAUUACUACUGGGACUCGUACUGGGUCGUCCGGGGUUUGCUAAUAUGCGGCAUGAAGGACACGGUCAAAGGAAUGAUUGACAACUUUAUUCAUUUGGUGAAAACUUACGGUUUUGUCCCAAACGGUGGACGAAUUUAUUACACGAAUCGGAGCCAACCUCCUUUUCUGAUCCCUAUCGUAGAAUUGUACCUUAAACACACUGGUGAUACCGACUACGUUAAAUCAGUUCUAAAUGAUCUGGAGAAAGAAUACCAAUUUUGGAGACAACUCCGCACGGUUGAAAUAGAGAUAUCCCCAGGCAAAAAGUACAGCCUGUCUAUUUACGCCGCUGAUAUGGAUACUCCAAGACCGGAGUCUUACUAUGAAGAUGUUCACACAGCUCAGACAGUAUCAGACGCUGAAAAACCGACUCUGUACCAAGACAUAGCGUCUGCAGCUGAGAGUGGGUGGGAUUUUUCAACCCGAUGGUAUAACGGCACGGGUCCCGGGAAGGGAUCAAUGAGCAGCAUGCGGACACGCCAGAUAGUACCAACGGAUUUGAACAGUGUUCUAUUCUACUGCGAAAAGCUUCUAGAGAAAUUCUCGCGCCUCGCGGGUAGUAAGCAAAAGGCAGACGAGUAUGAAAAUUACGCAGAAGCUCGUCGAGUGGCCAUUGAAGCUGUUCUUUGGGAUGAAAGAAGAAAGAUAUGGCUUGAUUACGAUCGUCAGUUGAAAAGCAAGCAGGAAGAUUUUUACGCCGCAAGUGUUGUACCACUUUGGGCUGGAGUUCACCAGGGAGACGAGACCCGAGAGAAAGAUGUACUCCGUACACUCAAGCGCGUGCAGGUUCUCAAUUUCCCUGGGGGAUUUCCGACUUCCCUUUUCGCCUCCGGACAGCAGUGGGAUUUCCCAAAUGCGUGGCCCCCGCUGCAGCAUAUGCUGAUAGCCGGUCUUGCUCAGUCUACCAGUAAAGAAGUAAGGCAGGAAGCCUUUAAUUUCGCCCAGAAAUGGAUUACUACAACCUACAAGGCUUGGGCCACGACGGGACACAUGUUCGAGAAGUACAAUGUUAGCGUGCAUGGUGCCCCAGCGGGAGGGGGUGAGUAUACGAUCCAGGUUGGCUUUGGCUGGACCAAUGGAGUAGUUCUUGAUUUGUUGCAACGCUACCCCGACCAACUGACAAGCGAAGAAGAGCCCUAUCUAAAAAGCACCGUCGAAUCGGAAAUCAGAUCUAAAGGCUGUUUCCUAGAAAAGUCUAUUACUCUUUUAAAUUGCAAUGUUUUAUUGGGUAUCUUUUGGUUUGUGUUUUAA